CAAUGUCCAAGCUACGGUCACACUAAUCUCCACCGAAAACGCUAAAACUCUGCCUGAAAAUAAGGCUUUUAUUUAUUAAAAGCAAAAAGCAAACUCGUUGUCGGGUGUGCUGGCCCUUUCAACUGCUCGUAAACGGAAUUUGAAAUUAGAAAAUGGCGCGUGCCCAGAGUCCCGCCGGUGAGGGUGAGAAGGAAAAGGACAACAAGGAUAAGGACACCAAAGAGAAGGACGGCAAGACAGUGGCCAGCAGUUCCUCGCGCAGGGAACGUGAACGAAAACGCCGCGGCUCAGCUUCCUCCAGCAGCGACUCCAGAAGCAGCUCUUCGGACAGCAGCUCAUCGCGCAGUAGCUCUGGCUCAGACUCACGCUCUAGUUCGAGCAGCUCCAGUGACUCGUCAAGCUCCUCGUCGUCGUCAUCGAGCGACUCUGACCGCAGCGAGAAAAAUAGGCGUCGCGGCGCCGGCGGUGGAGGCAAGGACAAGGAAAAAGAGAAACCAGCACCACGUUCCCGUUCCCGCUCUCGCACCCGGUCGCCAAGACGCGCAUCAAAGUCACCCAGGCCGGGAAGCAAGGCGCGAAAGGAACCGGAGAGGGAUCGUGAGCGACGCAGUCGUUCCCGUGAUCGUAAUCGACGUGGUGUCUCCAACGAAAGGCCUCUUGUCGAGAAUAAUAAUGUAAAGCGUGAGCGUUCCCGCUCGGGAAGUCGCUCACGAUCUCCGCGUCGCCGUGGACGUGGCUCCGUGGACAGGACGCCGCCCCCGAAGCGGCGGGAGCGCUCUCGCUCAAAAACUCGCACUCGUUCGCCCACACCUAAGCCGGUGCGCAUCCAUAUCGGUCGUCUGACGCGCAACGUGACCAAGGACCAUGUAUUCGAAAUUUUUAGUAGCUUUGGGGAUGUGAAGAACAUUGAUUUUCCUACGGAACGUAGGAACGGAAUGGCCUACAUAGAGUACGCCACCGCCGAGGAUUGCGAGUCGGCCAUGAAGCACAUGGACGGUGGUCAAAUUGAUGGCCAGGAGAUUACGGUGUCGCCGGUCAUCAUACCCAAGCAGCGACCACCGAUGCGCCGCCCUUCACCCCCCAUGCGUCGCCCGCAGAACAAUCGCUGGCGCUCCCCGCCCCAUUUCAAUCGGUUCAACAAUCGAGGCGGAGGAGGCGGCGGUGGCGGCGGACGACGCCAGUCUCCCAUGCGCGGACGGCGGUCUCCGCGUCGCCGUUCCCGAUCCCCCAUCCGUCGUCGACGUCGCAGCAACAGCAGCGACAGUUCCCGCUAAAGGACGCGGCAAGAUGCCUAGAUCGUACAAUGGACACAUGAUGCAUGCCGAUUAGCAAACACGAAGCUGAUUGCACUUUUCUUUAUAUUAUAAUCCGAACAAUAAACGUGUGCAAGUGCCACAUCCAUAAUGCGA